AUGGCAUCAAGCUUGCCCCUUCUCGGCGGCCUACCUACGUCGCUCCCUCCUCGAAGCUUGCGCAAGACGAGCUACAUUCGAUUGGCCCUCCUCGCUGUCGCCCUCGUCACCCUGGCCGUGCUGUACGGCGUCCGCCACGAGCACCAACCUCCCUCCGCGCUCGCCUCGGUCCACCAGUACCUCGUCGAUGGCGCAAACGCGACGUGCAAGGAUCAAGACGGUCCAGCAUGUACCCUGAGCGGCGCCGACCUCGACACAGAGCCUCACGAGCUCUUUCGCCUCCUGCCCGUCCGCGAGUCGGUCACGGCCGGCGCGCCGCUCUACCUCGAGGUCGUCGCCACAGCCGAGGUUCAACCCGAGUGCCUGCUCCGAUCUUCCGUCUUCUCGGUCGUCGUCUCGGGUUCGCGCCUCCAGCGUGCGCAACUCGUCGACGCCCCGGGCCAGUCGCUCGUCUUUGCCGUCCAGCUCGACGAGCCGGGCAAGUACCGCAUCGAGGCGUUCCUGCGCCUCUUCAACGACCCGCACUUCUUCUGCGAGAUGUCGGUCGUGCGAAUGACGGGCGCGCGCUACAUCGACCGCGUCGUCGCAGGCGGCAACGCGACCGUCGUCGUCCGGCCGAGCUGGACAGCGAGCCUGCCGGCCCUGUCGUCCUCGCCGUCGAAGCGGCCUUGUCGCUAUGGUGAUUUGUUCGACAUGCGCGGCUCGUGGGCCGAGGCGCCAGUCCCGGCGACGCCCCGAGGCGACUACGAGAAACAGCACGUCUGCGCGCUCGAGCCCCUCCCGACGCCCGCCGAGGCGUUCGCUCGCGCCGUCGACGCCGGCGUACGGUGGCUGCGAUUCGUCGGCGACUCGAACACGCGGUACCUGUACGAGUCGUUCCCGCUCGACGACGUCGUCGUUUCGUGGGAAUGGUUCACGCCCGUGCACGCACCUCCCCUGUCGGCCCACUUCGACGACGAGGCCAACGCCUACUGGGCCAACUCGACGCUCGGUGGCCUCUUCACGCCUGUCGAGGAGGACCCUCGCCACACCUUGUCGCCGAUCCAGACGAUCCUCGCCGACCGACCCGACCUCCUCGCGCUUCGAGGCGGCGACCGUGUCUUCCUCUCGUACGGCUCGCACGCUGUCUGGCACACACGCGACGACGUCGAGCCGUACGUCGACCAGAUCGUCGCUGCGGCCGAGCGCCUCUCGUCGCUCGAGGCCGCCAACGUCCUGAGCCCGCAGAAGCGUCUUUCCUUCGGCCUCUCGACGGCAAAGUCGUGUCGCAAGUUCAAGUCGCAGGACACGCCCGAGGUCACGGCCGGCAUGCUCCGCAUCUGUCACUCGGACAACUUCCACGACAAGAACCUCGCCAUCCUGCGCGCGUUCGCGGCGCGAGGCCUGACCUGGCCUGAUGGCGAGUCAGUGCCGCCAGCGGCGAGGUUGCCCAACCUUGCGCCGCUCGACGUGCUCGAUUUCUGGCACACGACCGAGUCGGUCGAGGACUACAUGACGGACAAGGUGCACUUUGGUCCGGGCGUGUACUUUACGCACUCGCGGAUGGUGGCGACGUCGGUUUUUGAGGACGAGGUUUAGAGUGAGGGUCUGUGCUGCAUCUCGUUCGUUCCGCGCG